AUGAGAAAUUUUAGCAAAGCUUGGAAUAAAAAAGUAUAUGAGUCAACUGACUGUGAAGAUGAAAGAGUUCAAACAAAUAAAAAACGCUCACUAUCUGUGACCAGUGACAGUGAUAGUAAAGAGCCUGUACCAAUAUUUACAUAUGACGAUGGCUAUGAAAAUUUAAGCUGUAAUUCAGAUUCAACGCCCAUUACAGUUUAUCCUGCUUCAACUUCAAAAUCUAACCUUGAAAUACAACAGGUACAAAAUAGUUAUGAAGAACUAAAUUUUUCAAAUUUAGCAAAUGUUGUGUUAUCUGAAAAUCAUUCGGCUGAACCGUUGCCAAGUACAUCUGAUGAAUAUCCAAAACAAUUUAAGAGAAUUAAAAAUAUUGGAUCUAUCUCUAAUCGUCAAUUUAAGAGACGAAUUAAAGCUCAAAUAGAAGCCAUUUCCAAUUUAUCACAAAAAUGUACAGUUGUUAGUACAAGUAUUACAAUAACAACGACAACAACAACAACAACAACACCAGCCAACAUUUUAGAAAUGUUAAAUAUAAAAUGUUCUGUAUUCAAUUGUGUGGCAAUACAUCAAUUGUUGUUACAUUGUGCCACAAUGCACAAUUUUAAUAAAUUACUUUAUAUUUAAGUAUAUUAUACCUAUAUUUUUAUGUUUUUUUAAAUAUACUAUCUACAGUUUUUGUUAUAUUAUUCAAAAUUAAAUAUAUUAUUAAAAUGUAUACCUACUUGUUUAUUAUUCAGUUAAUAUUGGAAUAAUUAUAAUUUUAUU